AUGCAUACAAGGAACAACCCAAAAAGGGAGUUAGUGCCUUUGAAUACUGAGUUAGAGAAGCUAGGACGAGAAAACAGAAGGUUGAAAAGAGAAGAACAAGCUGCUCAAGAAGAGGCCAAACCCAUCAUCCCCUGUUUCAUUUUUCAAAUGUCGGACGACGAAGACAAUCGGCAGCCGCUGCCACCACCACCACCAAGGAGGACCAUUAGGGAGCUCUCAACGUCCCUCAUAGCUGGAGGUAUUCCAUCAUGCAUUCGUUACCCUCAACCGGCUAAAGGAAAGACAGGGAAUUUCGAGCUUAGGACUGGUUUUCUCCACAAGCUGCCCACUUUUCACGGGUUACCUAAUGAAGAUCCUAAUUUGCAUCUCCAAGAAUUCCAAUUUAUUUGCUCAAGCAUGACACCGGAGAAUGCAGAUGAGAAUAUCAUGAAGAUGAAGGCUUUCCCGUUUUCUCUCGCAGACAAGGCCAAGACAUGGUUGUAUAGGCUUCCAAAUGGCUAUAUAACCUCGUGGGAUAUCAUGCACAAGACAUUCUUGGAGAAGUAUUUCCCCACUUCAAAAAUUAUUGCAUUGAGGAAGCAAAUUACCGGAAUUCAGCAAGGAAUGGAUGAGUCUUAUUCCGAAUACUUUGAGAGGUUUCAAACCUUGCUUACGCAAUGUCCUCAGCAUGGUUUAAGUGAGGAUAGUUUGUUGACGGCAUUCUAUGAUGGCCUCAUACCCAUAGAGAGAGAUAUCUUGGAUGCAGUAGCUGGAGGAUCAUUUAUGGACAAGUACAAUGAGGAUGGAAUGAAGCUCAUAGCAGAUUGUGCAUUGAAUGCACAAGAAUUCAAUAAUACCUCAAGACGUGUCUUGGGUAACAAGAAGCAAGGAGCUAUGGCUUGUGGUGUGUGCUCAAUGGAAGGCCACCAUACUGAUCGUUGCCCUCAAUUAUAUGAGGAAGAAGAGGUACAAGUUGUGGGAAAUUUUCAGCAAGGAGGACAACAUGUAAAGAAUGAUCCAUAUGCAUAUUAUCCUGGCUCAAGAAAUCACCCAAAUUUUUGGUGGAGUAACAAUGAUAAUGUCUUGGGCCCUUUUCAAGCAUCUCAAAGCAACAACCAUCCACCUCCAGGGUUCACUCAACGUCCUCAAGGGGGAUUUACACAUAGCUCUGCGCCACAUCAAGCUUCUAGUUCUUCAUUGACUCCAAUCUUGGAUAAGUAUGACAAGAUGUUCGAAGCUUUGACAUCCUCUACUCAACAACUCAUUCAAUCACAGCAAAAUCAAGGGAAGGAAAUUUCAGACCUUAAGAAACAAGUGGGAGAAUGUGUCAACAAGUUGAAUCAGUUGCAUGAUCAAGGAAAACUUCCAAGCAACACGAUACCAAAUCCAAGAGGAGGGUUUGAGUCCGCCAAAGUAGUAACAACACGAAGUGGAAGAGUACUCAAUGACGUCCCUAAGGCACAGAAGAAGGACAAAAGUGUUUCUGACCCUUCUAGGAUUGAAACUGAACUUGCAAUCCCAGACCCAGCGACUAUGAGGAUUGAAGACUUAUUGCAAUCCCCAACAAAACCAGAAACGAAAGGUAAAAUUCCUAACUCUUCAAUUCCGGUUCCUACUAAUCCUCUUUCUUCUUGUCUACCUUUUCCAAGUAUAUUUGCUCAUUCAAAGGAAGAAGAAGACAAGGGGGAUGUUUUGGAUAUUCUCCGGAAAGUUCAAGUCAACAUUCCUCUCUUGGAUAUCAUAAAACAAGUGACAAAGUACGCCAAAUUCUUGAAGGACUUAUGCACCAAGAAGAGGAAGUUCAAGGGGAAUGAAGUAGUAGCUCUUAGUGAGGAGGUGUCAAGUAUUCUUCAACAAAAGCUUCCGCCUAAGCUCAGGGACCCCGGACAAUUCACCAUUCCAUGCACAAUUGGUGUAAAGAGGUUUGAUAAAGCUUUACUAGAUUUAGGAGCUUCUAUAAAUUUAAUGCCCUUCUCUGUGUUUUCAGCUCUUAAUUUAGGUGAACUAAAGAGGACCUCUGUGGUGAUUGAGCUUGCGGAUCACUCAUCUAUUCAUCCUUUAGGAGUAAUUGAAGAUGUUUUAGUAAGGGUGGAUGGAUUGGUCUUGCCUGCUAACUUCUUUGUGAUUGACAUGGAGGAGACGUCAAGUCCCACAUCAUUGCCUUUAAUUUUAGGGCAUCCCUUCAUGGCAACUGCUCACACGAACAUCAAUGUCUACAAGGGAACGUUGACUAUGGAAGUCCUUGGAGAAAGGGUAACGUUUCAAGUCUUCGAGCAUAAUGACAUCACGAAAGGAAUGGUGGGGCGUGAGGACAAGGAAUUAAGAGAAGAGGUCCGAUUUCUGAGGGGUUGGAAGGGACAUAAAGUGAAGGAAGAACACUCUCUGAAGAACUUGAUCAAUAAAGAAAACAAAGGUAAUUUUAAUUCUGAUAUUCAUUUACCUUUAACUAAUUGUAAGAGUGUUCUUGUUGAUAGGGCUCACUUAGGAAAUCCAACGUCACAAGAGGUAUGUGCAAUAAUAGAUGACCCACCAGAUUCAACCAAGCACUCAUACACAAAGGCAAUGGCAAGGUUGUUUGAUAAGGCUUCACGUGGAGCCUUUGGAUGA